AUGCCUGCCAGGUCCCAGCAGAACCAUAAACCAAGUAAUGCCCGCCACGCGCGCACGACUUCCUGGUCGAGUGGCUAUCACCAUCUAAACACCUCCUCCGGCCCCGGCGAACCCUCCUCUCCAUUACCACAACCAUCCCGACGUCGCCGAGAGUCCAACCUCUCCCUCGCCAGCGUCGAAGAGGGCCUCUCCUCCCCGGACUCUCCUCACGUCCACCACAAUCACAACGGCUCCAAUGCCCCCGACAUGCUCCGGAAUACAUCCAUGGAUCUCGAUCUCGCUGGUCGCAAAAGCCAACAUGUGCGCAGUCGCUCCCAGUCCCACGGCACCCCCCAUAUCCUGGCUCUCCACGAGUCAGAACUAAACGCCGCCAAUACGCUCCCUGUCCCCGUUACGCCGCGCCCAGCCCCGGUGACAUGGAUGUCCCUACCGCGAAAGGGCCAAUUGGCCCUACUCGGUCUAUGCCGGGUCUUCGAUUUCCUACAGAUCGCCUCGCUGCAGGCUUACAUGUUCUACCAGCUCAAGUCGUUUGACGAGAACCUGUCUGACUCGGACGUUGCGACCCAGGCGGGUAUUCUCCAGGGCGCUUUUACGGCGGCCCAGUUCGCGACGGCGAUUCCGUGGGGUCGGGUUGCGGAUGCGGAGUGGGGUGGUCGUCGCUUUGUGCUGCUGGUCGGCUUGAUGGGGACGGCUGUUUCAUGUUUGGGGGUUGCUUUUGCGACGUCAUUUGCGCAGGCUGUGUUUUGGCGUUCGUUUGGUGGUGCGAUUAAUGGGACUGUUGGGAUUAUUCGGACCAUGAUUGCGGAGAAUGUCAAGGAGAAGAAGUAUCAUUCGCGGGCUUUCUUGAUUUUGCCUAUUGGGUUUAAUAUCGCUUCAUUGUUUGGUCCUGUUAUGGGUGGUUUGUUGGCGGAUCCGGUCAAGAGUUACCCCCAUCUUUUCGGACCGAACUCGUCCUUUGGCGGAGAAAAUGGCGUGCAGUGGCUGGAGAAGUACCCGUAUGCCCUGCCUAUGCUGGCCAACUUCUGCUUCCUGUCCAUUUGUGCAACCCUGGUUGGCUACGGCCUGGAAGAGACCCUCCUUUCUCGCAAGGGUAAGCCUGGUCUGGGCUCCUUGGCUAUGAAGCUCUUUGCUCGCAGCGUGAGAACCGUUGUAGGAACCUCUUCGCCCAUUUACUCGAAACUUCCCUUCCGCGAUUAUGACGAGGAUGGCCCUCUGCUAGGUCGACAGAUGGACUGCUCUGAGAGCUAUGAGCUCGAGGAGAAGGCUUCCAAGCCUGUUCGUGUCAAGCGUACCCUGCCAUUCCGCAGGAUCUGGACGAAGAACGUUCUGUGUACUCUUGGAGCCCAGGCGUUCUUCGAUUUCCAAAUGGGUGCCUUCAACAACUUGUGGCUCCUCUUCCUGUCAACUCCCCGCUACGAUCCCAAUGACCCCGCUAGCCCUGCCCAGAGCUUGCCCUUCAUCUUCACCGGUGGCUUGGGUAUGCUCCCGCAGAGCGUAGGCUUCGCAACCGCCAUCCUCGGCAUCAUCGGAAUGUUCCUCCAAUUCACCAUCUACCCCUCCAUCAACGGCCGUCUCGGCACGGCCAAGAGUUACCAAUACUUCCUCUCUCUAUUCCCGCUCGCCUACGCCCUGGCUCCCUACAUCUCUCUCGCCCCAUCCUCAAUCCCACCCCCCGGCCAGGCCAACGGGCCCUGGGUCUGGUUCUGGAUCAUCAUCGUGCUUUUCCUACAGGUCACCGCCCGCACCUUCACCCUCCCCACCUCAAUCAUCCUACUCAACAACUGCUCCCCUCACCCAUCAGUCCUCGGCACAAUCCACGGCAUUGGCCAGUCCGUUUCAUCCGCUUUCCGAACCAUCGGACCCAUUUUCUCGGGUGCCUGGUACGGAUAUGGGUUGGAUAUCGGUAUGAUUGGAUUCGCAUGGUGGCUUAUCGCUCUCGUGUCGGUGUUCGGCUGUGUAGCUGCCUUCUUUGUACAUGAAGGCUCUGGCCAUGAGAUCCUGCUUCCUGGUGAGGAGGAUGACUUUGACCAUGGCCACUAG